AUCAAUCAGUGAAUAAUAAUCACCCAACCCAACUAGCUCUUUUUUAAUUUUUCUCUCCGUCGCUCUCACUAAGUUUAAUAACAGCUACAGCAAAUAAAAACUGUAGGAGUUAGCCACGCUUAACAUAAUUCAAAAAAGUUUUCUCGAUCUCUCAGAACCGGAGAGAGAAAACAAGUGUUUCAACAGUUCGCCGUCAAGAUGGCCGGAGGAGGCGGAUACGGCGGCGCAUCAGGGAAAGUUGAUUACGUGUUCAAAGUUGUUCUAAUCGGAGAUUCCGCUGUUGGUAAAUCGCAGCUACUUGCUCGAUUCGCUAGAGACGAAUUCAGUAUGGAUUCUAAAGCCACCAUCGGCGUCGAGUUCCAAACUCGUACCCUCGUUAUUGAACAAAAGAGCAUUAAGGCUCAGAUCUGGGACACCGCUGGUCAGGAAAGAUACAGAGCCGUUACAAGCGCGUACUACAGGGGAGCAGUUGGUGCAAUGCUGGUUUAUGACAUGACUAAACGUGAAACCUUUGAGCAUAUCCCUCGUUGGCUUGAAGAACUGAGGGCACACGCUGAUAAGAACAUUGUCAUUAUCCUUAUUGGAAACAAGUCUGAUCUUGAAGAUCAAAGAGCUGUUCCCACAGAAGACGCUAAAGAGUUUGCUGAGAAGGAAGGACUCUUUUUCCUUGAGACCUCAGCUUUAAACGCAACCAAUGUCGAAAACUCCUUCAACACUCUAAUGACAGAGAUAUACAAUACGGUGAACAAGAAGAAUCUCGCCUCCGUCGAGAAUCAAGGCGAGUCAAAUAACCCGGGUUCCUUGGCUGGUAAGAAGAUUGUCAUCCCAGGUUCUGGACAGGAGAUUCCCGCUAAGACUAGCACGUGUUGUAGUUCUUCUUGAUCUGUCUUCGUUACAAGCAAGAUUCAUUUUUUUCCUCCUGAAUUCUGGUGAUAGAGAAUGCUACUUUCAUUGUAUAUUCUUUUGGGAUCUGGCUUGUUUGCUGGUUCAUUAAACAUUGGUGAGAAAUUGGACACCAAUAGGGAAAAAAGUAUUGGAACAAUAGCUUUUGAUUGAAAUGUGAAACAACACUCUUUGAGAGUUA